AUGGACUAUCAAUUCACAAAUCUCUCAAAUCAAACACGAAAAUAUCGUUCAAUGUAUUUACAAUCUCAUUGGACAGACAACAAUCAUGUUCAGUUCUACACAUUGUUAUUGAAUAUGGAUACUGAAUCAAUCAUGCUGUCCAUACACCACACCACAUAUAUUAAUGUUUAUUCAUCGGCAAAUAUCUUCUGUUUCCUUAUUACUCAUUUAUCAUCAUCAUCAUCAUCAUCAUCAUCAUCAUCAUCAUCAUCAUCAUCAUCAUCAUCAUCAUCAUCAUCAUCAUCAUCAUCAUCAUCAUCAUCAUCAUCAUCAUCAUCAUCAUCAUCAUCAUCAUCAUCAUCAUCAUCAUCAUCAUCAUCAUCAUCAUCAUCAUCAUCAUCAUCAUCAUCAUCAUCAUCAUCAUCAUCAUCAUCAUCAUCAUCAUCAUCAUCAUCAUCAUCAUCAUCAUCAUCAUCAUCAUCAUCAUCAUCAUCAUCAUCAUCAUCAUCAUCAUCAUCAUCAUCAUCAUCAUCAUCAUCAUCAUCAUCAUCAUCAUCAUCAUCAUCAUCAUCAUCAUCAUCAUCAUCAUCAUCAUCAUCAUCAUCAUCAUCAUCAUCAUCAUCAUCAUCAUCAUCAUCAUCAUCAUCAUCAUCAUCAUCAUCAUCAUCAUCAUCAUCAUCAUCAUCAUCAUCAUCAUCAUCAUUCAGUCCCGACUACAUGAUCAUGUAUCUCCAUUCAUAUUCACGAAUCAUUAAUAUCUCCUCUGUAAACAAUUAA